AUGAAAUUACUCGGUACCAACCCGUCGAGGACGAGUUUGUAUGAGCAUGCGACGAAUUUCCGAUGGGACAAUUCGCUGCGCCGCGAUGAGUUUGCGCCGACGUCGUUUGUGUCCUCACGGAACCAGCGUCUGAACUUUGACCGGCUCAACGACCGGUCGUCUAUUCUCGACAACAUAAAAGACUCUACCGACGAGCUCUAUCUGGGCGACCAGCAGUUUGGCGCGAUGAGCAAUCUGCGGGUCAGCCUCGACGCUCUGCGGCUGAAGCUCCCGUUUUUGGGGCAACUGAAGCCCGCAACGCCGGCGAAAGUACAGCCAAGAGGACCUAGGAAAAGGCAGGUCCAGCUCAGUUACUACGGCGAAGAGACUGCCGACGACGCCGAGUCGCGUCCGCUGUUUAUGAAGCAAACGAGUGUGAGAUACAAAAAGAAAGCAAAGUCCAUAAAUGACAAGAAGGCAGCAGGUUCUGUUGUACAGUAUGAAAGUGCAAAGUUUCUUGAGUAUCCGCCAAUUUCUAUACCCCAAGCCCCAGCAGACUACGUCUCGGCCAACUUUGCCGAUAGGUCUAGGCAGGAGGCUGCGAAAGGCCUUUUGGCGCACGAUUACCAGCUGAUUUUGGACAACUACAGCUACGUUCCGCUGGACGAUGCAGAGCGCAAAUUUGCGUUGUAUUUGUACCUGCAAAGCCGGCUCCACGACGCGGAGACGCCAGUCGACACUGCCAACGAGCGGCUGCUGCAAGACUACCUCAACUCGCUAAAGAAUAAUAAAUUCGUCGAGUCCACGGACAACACAGACGACGCAACCAGCGAGAUGGCGCGCCGCAAAAACCAGCGCGUGCGACGCAUGGAGCGGCGCAUCGAGUUGGACGAGCGAGUCGCCCGCAGACUCGGACUCCAUAAAUAG